CCAACAUGGCAGCUCAGGUAGAACUGUCAUGUUUAGAUACAUUUCCAACGCACUUAAAUCCUUUGCACGUGCUUGUUAUCAAGUCACAAUUUAGAUAUGCGUUUCCAAGUUGCAAUGAGCCUACUUCGAUCCUUUUAUUCACAUCACGGAAGCUUCAAACACUCGGGAAAACUGCCGUUUUGCUCUGCGCGCACUCAACAGAGGAGACGUCAGGUUGUGGGGCGGAUGGAAACGACACAACUUUAAAACUGUACACAAGUAAGAUCUUUCUCAAACACUAUGGUCUCCAGGAUGAUAUAAGGGGAGUUGUACGCCCACUGUCACCGUUUUCCCUUGGAAAAGUUGUUAUAGGGGCACGAACAAGACAGAGUUUCAAGUGGGCAAACUCGGAUAAGUUUUCCAAUGGACUUCUCAUACUGGCUUCGUGCCAAGGUCAACCACUAUUGGCACGACAAGGGGACUCGCUAUCACUUCCCUAUCACCCUUUACUUGGAGAUGAUAUAUCUCAAGUGCAACACUCUCUGUUCGACUUAGUUGUGUUGGAGUGUACACCUAUAACGCAGGGGAUGAUAACAAUCAACACAACAGUGGUGGUCACCGACUGCAGAGACAUUGCACAACAUGGUGCACUGGAGACGUCGAAUGCUUUGGCUACUAGAAAUUUGACCUCGCUAUUUGUCUCUGAUUUUGCACACUACGCGAAUAGUCUUAGCGGGGGAAGCUCUUUACUUGACAACAGGCAAGUAUUGGACUCGAGUUUAUCCGCUUUUUUGCAAGCACUGGAGUGUAGGCUGGAUGUCAGAAUCGUGGAUAUUCGUCGCUUGUACGGUCAAGGGAGAAUUGUACUAGUGGAGAAGCGCGAUGCUAAAAUCGAUUUUGACAGUACUGUUUUCGUAAGCAAACAGUUGCUGCUCAAACUCGGGUUAUUCAACCGUGAGUGGGUAGUGGUGUCUAGGUUUAACUGCUCAUCAGAAAUGACAAAGACGUCCUACAGAGGCGAAUCCCUGCCAAGUCCCGGGCAAGCCGAUGAUAACGCACCUGGCAAAGAGCCAUCUAAGGGCACCGAAGUGGUCCAUCUCGGCUCGGUUGUUGUGGCAGAUUUCAGCAAGUGUGCAGAGUUGGACCUUCAUGACAACGUUGGCUUCAUAUCGCCGACUCAUUGGUUCAACUUGUCAAACGGAGAGCCAGUGCCAGUCAGUAGCAGAGUUGUGAAGAUAAAGAGAUGGAACCGGGUCGAUUCUCAGUCAGGUCUUCAGCUUUCUGAGAGCCUCUCUCGAUCAGCAUCACCGCGGUUAGCCAAAGAACUCCAUAUUGAUGCUGUCAUCUCCCCAGAAUACAGUUCUCAUGGUCCCUUUGACAGUAUCCUCUGUGAGCACUUUACCAUACCAAGACUUGUGCAGCUGGGCGGUGUUUUGGGCAUCCCAUCUGAAGGGCAUCCUGAAGUCUUGGAGAGCAACUCUGAGGGAAUCACAAGGUGGCCGGUUGUGUAUUUCAAAGUGAAAAAGGUUUGUGGCUCUACAGAGGAGGAAGACCAAGGUCCUUACCUUGCAGACACUGUCCACACAUCUCUAUACAUGGGCGGCUCCACCAAUAGCCUGGCUCCCUGUUCCCUUGUUGGCGAGGAGCCUUCCCUCUGGACUAGCCUGUCUCCCCCUGGGCUCUCCAGCACCGUGGACCAAUUCUCCACUAUCAUCCAGCCUCACAUGAAUGAAAGCUCUGCUGCUCUGAUGAGUGGCUGCACCAUCCUCCUCCUGGGACCGAGUGGCAGUGGCAAAUUCACCUCUGUCAGAGCUGCAUGCCGUAGACUCCAUCUGCACUUAGUGAAGGUGGACUGCGUGACCCUCUGCGCCGACACGGCCGCCGCCUGCGAGGCGAAGAUGAAGUCUGUCUUCCAGCGAGCUGAGGCCCACCGGCCGUGCAUUCUGCUGCUCAGGAACCUGCAGCUGCUGGGCCAGCCCAGGGAUGGCACCGAGGAGGAUGCCAGGGUCAUAGACGCCCUGUGCCAGUUCAUUGCCCACGCCCCUGCCAGCGUGGUCGUGGUGGCGGCGGUGAGUAAACCCCGGGAGCUGUCGUCUGACGUGAUGGCAGCCUUUAUCCACCAGGUGUCGAUAGAGAGCCCCAGUGAGGAGCAGCGCCGGGCCAUGCUGGCCAGCCUCAGCGAGGGCAUGCCCCUGGGGAGGGACGUCAACCUGGCCAGGCUGGCCAAGCACACUGCGGGCUUUCUAUUGGGGGACCUCAGUGCACUGCUGACUCAGGCUGGUAAAUCUGCCCACGGAAGGAUACUCCAAUCCUGUUUCCCAGAGGAGGCCAGUGUGCAGGAGGAAGAGGACCUCUGUGCCUGUGGGGUAACCAUCCUGGCCCAGGACUUCACCAAUGCCUUGGAGACCCUCCAAGACGCCCACUCUCAGGCCAUCGGAGCCCCGAAGAUCCCCAGUGUGCGCUGGCAAGACGUUGGCGGCCUGCAGCAGGUGAAGCGAGAGAUCCUGGACACAGUGCAGCUGCCCCUGGAGAGGCCCGAGCUGCUGUCCCUGGGCCUGCGCCGCGCCGGCCUGCUCCUCUACGGACCUCCCGGCACGGGCAAGACCCUGCUUGCCAAGGCUGUGGCUACCGAGUGCUCCAUGACCUUCCUCAGUGUCAAAGGCCCGGAACUCAUCAACAUGUACGUGGGUCAAAGCGAGGAGAACGUGAGAGAGGUGUUCUCCAAAGCUCGAGUGGCGGCCCCUUGUAUCAUCUUCUUUGACGAGCUGGACUCUCUAGCGCCCAACAGAGGGCGCAGUGGAGACUCUGGUGGAGUCAUGGACAGGGUGGUCUCUCAGCUCCUGGCUGAGCUUGACGGACUUCACUCCUCUGGGGACGUGUUUGUGAUUGGAGCCACCAACCGGCCAGACCUGCUCGAUCAAUCACUGCUCAGACCUGGCAGGUUUGACAAAUUGGUGUAUAUUGGGAUCAAUGAAGACAAAGAGUCUCAGCUGCAAGUUCUGAAGGCCAUAGUCAGAAAGUUCAAGGUGGACCCCAGCGUCAGUCUCCAGGAUGUAGUGGAACGCUGCCCUCCUCAGCUCACAGGGGCGGACAUAUAUGCUCUCUGCUCCGACGCCAUGAUGUCUGCCAUUAAGAGGAAGAUUGCACGUGUCACCGAUGGUCUGGACACCGAGGAUACUCCUCUCAUACUCUCUGCCGAAGACUUUAACCAAGCAUUGGAUUGCCUCAAACCGUCCGUCUCUGAACAAGAGCUGCUCAAAUAUAAACUCAUUCAGCAGAAACUCACUGCAAAAUAACCAAGCCACCCAAGCCUAGUGCCGCCCAGUUAUGGAGCUAAGCUAUUCUCUUCUGCAUGCACUACGUUACCCCAAAUCCUCUACCACAAGCGUGUAUUCCUCAAGAGUGUUGGCUCUGCAAAAAACUGUGGUUGUGAGAUUCUCUUCCUUUUCUCUGCACUAAUGAGUGAAUGAGCCGUGUCAUUUAGUCCAAGGGACCAAACUAGUACACAACCUAAUUCAUGCACAGUAUUGUAUGUGGACCACAUUUGUACAGUUUGCAAUUUGCAAAAUCAAUCUGAACAGUCAACGUAAGGUUUGUGCUGUAUAUUUGUAACCACUAGUUUCUGAAUUGAUCUUAAGUAACUGAACUCUGCAGUGUUAAUGGCAGCAACAAAUGCAUAUGAAAGUUGUUCAAAUGAAAACUAGUAUAUCCAUGGCCCUCCUAGGAGUAAAGUUGGGACAUUACUUUCCUAUAUCCUCAGUGACACUAAUGCUGCUGCUCUGUUUAGUUUCUCUAUUCUCACUGGAGUUACUAGCCGUAUGUUGUCCAAUUUAAUUCCAUUAAUUGCAAAGUUGUCUCUUACUGAGUCUUGCAUUUCAACAGGAUGUUCCAAAUCCGAGUGGUUUAUUAUUCCAAUGCUUCCCCAACCUGAACUAUUUUGAAUGCUGGUUUCUUUUACAAGCCAUCCUUUCAGAGACUUGUUUGAGCAACAAAAGACCCAGCCAAGCCAUCAACAGUUCAAAUAAAAACAAUUAAUAUAAUGGGUUGAUGGAAAACCAGCGUACUCGAGUUCUCCUAGACCAAGUUUUGGGUAACACUGGUUGAUGCAGAGUUUCCCCUUCCACCCUGUAGAUAAUUUGCAUAAAAUAAAAUCAGUAAUACAAAAUUCACAAUUAUGAAACAUUUUAAAAAUAUGAAUCACUUAAGUACAGUUUAGAACAAAUACACAUUGAAACAAAGCGAACGCAUUAAUCCAUGAGAAUGUAUCCGGUCACACUUUAUAUUAAGUUGGCAGUUUAUUGUUUUAAGAAAUAAUUUGUUAGAGCAUGAGUAACAAAGCUGAUGUUCCUCUGAGUGACGCGUUGUUGGAGGAAUUUCAAUGUGUGUGGUUCAAACCAAAGUUGAGCUUGAACUAGAGUUGAGUAAUUAUCUACGUUCAUUUUGACUAUUCCAAUUUUGUCCUUUGAAGAUUGUGUAACGAAAGUUCAUGUAUUUACAUGUGAAAUGGGACAACUUAGUAUAAAGUGUAACCAUGAAAAAAUGAAUAAUUUAUAAUAUUGCUAUCAAUGUGAAAAACGAUACUUAUAUUUUUGUAUGGUGAGACAUUGUGCUUCCCAUCUCAUGUUAGCAAAAAUGACAAUAUGAUUACAAAAGUAAGACAAACAAAUCUAUAAAUUGUUAAUUGUGUUAACUAUAACUUUCAAAUGGUGCAAACUUUUUUUGCUAGCGAGGUUGUGAUUGUAAUGUUUAUGUAAUUUAUGAUCUGAUUUUUAAAAAAGUGUAUUACUUGGGUUGGUAAAAUAAACUUUACCAAAAUAUUAACUUGCUUUACUUGAAACCUUGCCGAUACAUUGCAGUGUCAUAUGAUAUUUUAAGCGGUUUGUUUCAUGAUACCUGAUUUGUGAAAGCUUGCCAUUCACCUUAAUGCAAUAUUAGAUAAUGUAGUAAAAAAAUAAACAAAAUGUUAAUU